ACGUAACUCCCACGUCACGGUCGCCACCUACAUAUAAUUAAAUCAAUUUACUCUGUAAAUCCAAUUUUGUUACCUGAAAAGUUACAGCCAUAAAGUUUUGAGAUGGAGCAGAAGCAGAAAUCUUUAGCAACCGGCAAAUUGCCUCCCUUUUCCGAAAAAUGUCCAUGGUUGGUUGCUGAAAAUGCCAAAGACCAGAUAUUUUUUACCAUGCACGACCCGCUGUCUCAAUAUAGGUGUCGAAUUUCUGAGUUUCUUGGGAGACGUAUCAGAGGAUUUUUCCAUGGGUGGGUGAUUCUCUCUAAGCAUCCAGACCACAUUACGUGGUCUCUUUGGAACCCGGUUAUAAGUGAGGAAUUGAUCCACCUCCCCCCUUUGAGGAUUUUAACAGAUGGAGAUAUUGUCGAAGAAUGUUGUUUGUCAUCCCCUGCUGAUGAUCCUAGUUCAGUUCUCCUGUUAACCACAAAAAAUCGUACCUUUGUUUUUUGUCGGAUAGACCGUAAACAGAAGAAGAUGAGAUGGAAAAAAAUGACAUACACUAAACAGCUCAAAAGUAUAACCCGUAAUGAGAGUUCCUUACAUUGUAUAACUUGUUGCAAUGGUAAAGUGUAUGCAUUGAUUAAGGGUGUCCGCCGUAAUGAUCGUUUGAUCAUACAAGUUGACAUUGUGGUUGUAGAUGAAGAAGUUGAGAUAAGUCUUUCACGAUUUGCUGGAAUCCCUCAACCUACCUACAAUGGUCAAUUCUCCUCCAUGAAGUUUUUUCUGAACGGAUAUGGUACAGAACUAUUCUACCUUAUACUUGGUUUUGAUAAGGUAGCAAAGAAUACACUUGGAGCUGUACAUUUGUUUAAAUUUGACAUGACUAGAAAGAUCUCUAAAGAAAUGGCAGGCCUAAAAGAUGCUAUAUUUUUUGUGGAUCUUGCUCAUGAGUACGUAUCUUACAGACCUUCAAUUGCAUCGGAGUUUGGUGGUCAUAUACAUAUUCUUAGCGAAAUGGGCAAAGUAAUAUUUUCAUGCAAUAUCGUGGAUAAAACCAUCUCCUUAUCUUGCAUGCCCUUUUUAGAGCCGACACGACACGUGUCAUUUUGGAAAUUAAGGUUACCAGGUGAUCAUGAAGAAGUUAAUCGUCGAACUGGUUUUGAACGAAAAGAUUACAGGGAAGAUGUUAGCGAGAUUGAAAUAAAUAGCACGAGCAAUGAACAACUUGAAGAGAAUAUUGCAUCAUACAUUUUCAAUAUUCCAUUUGAUGUUUUGAAGAAGAUUGUGGAGUUUUUUGGUUGUGUUGAAUACCUAAACUUCCGGGCAACAUGUAAGUAUUGUCUGUUAGCAGCACCUAUGAUUCAAUGGAGAAGGAGAUUGCGGACAUACUCGGUAGAUUUACCAUGGCUGGUAGUGUUAGACAAACAUCAAGGCAUUUUUAUCUUUACAGAUCCGAUGUCUGGUGAAAAGUAUUUUAAAAAGAAACCAGAAAAGUUGACUGAUGAAUUGGAAAUAUGUUGUUCAAGGUAUGGUUGGUUGCUGAUUAAAAAUAAUCACCUUGGAGAAUAUUUAUUCUUUAACCCCUUCACAAAUGAUAUCCGCGAGCUUCCACAUACACCUAGUUUAGAUUGCGUAUGUUUCUCAGAGCCACCACAUUCCCCAGAUUGUCUGGUAGUUGGAUUUUUAGGAUCAAAUGAAUGGAAUGUUUACAUCCACUUUGUGAACCGUGGCACAGUUUGGGCUAUACUCCAUAUGAAUUUUGGUGAUACCAGUCCACAUUCCAUAUAUUUUCCAACGUUCUAUGGCCGAGAUAUCUAUGUUUUGGACGAAGGGGUACUUCAUGUUUUCAAGGAAAAGGAGGGAGUUUAUGAACACAACAAUGCUGUAGUUGGAGCCCCAAGAGGUUCUUGCAGUAAAUCUUCUGCACAAUAUUUUCAAGUAAGCUGUAAUCAAGAUCUUUUAAUGGUCAUUGUGGAUGAGUUUGGAGAAUCUGUUGAGGUAUUCAAGCUGAAUCAUUCUUUAAAUAAAUGGAAGAAAAUCGAUAGUUUAGGAAAGUAUAUGAUUUAUAUUUGUGGUAAAAUAUGUCUCUGCCUAGAAGCCAAGAUACCAGAAAUGGAGAACAAAAUCUAUUUUUCAAGAUUACAUUCAAAGAACUCGAAGAUAGUGUUCUAUUCUCUUGAUACUUGCAGGUAUCAUACAUUCAACGGCAGAGAGAUUGAACAAAGUUUUGGGGAUUUCUUUGAAACCAAGUAUUAUCUCUACCCUCAAGCUUGGAUUGAACCAAGCUGGUCUUAGCUUAAUUUUACUACAGAGUAUUGAUGGUAUUAAUUGUUAUUAUGUUUUAUUUAUUAGUAUUGCUAUCAAUAUUAUUUAUUUACUUAUAAUGUUUUAUGACAGUAUGGGUCACAGGGCACCUUAAACGUGUUACGUGUGUCUA